AUGGACUUCGAGCGGUAUGUUGAAGGAGGCCGGCCGGCAUGGACUUGGUUUCCGGAGUUGUUGGGUGUGAUGCCGCCAUCAGAUUACAUCGACAAGUUUACCGUGAAGUGCACUUGGAUGCAGCAGACGUUCACUCACCUUCCAGAGGGGGCAGAUGAGGAGACAGUUUGGAGGUAUGCUAGAGCGUACAUUAUGAUGCUACUAUCGACGCAGCUCUUCGACGACAAGUCCGGUACUCGUAUGCAUAUCAGGUGGCUUUCGUACGUGGCGAGGUUAGAGGACAUGGGCAGUUAUAGCUGGGGAUCUGCCGCUCUGUCUUGGUUAUACAGGUGCCUAUGCCAUGUAGCUAACAAGAACGUAGUUAAGUUGGAAGGACCUCUACAGUUCCUCCAGUCAUGGAUCUUCUGGAGGUUCCUGGGUUUUAGGCCCGAUGGGUUUGACUCCUUUCACUGGCCGUUGGCCUCGAGGUAUGGAUAUUGA